AUGGUUGCCUCUCAGGCCAAGGGAAAGGGCCUUGACCCAGAGGACUAUCUCUUCGUGCUCUCCAAGCCGACAGUCACCGUGCCAAACACGGAACUCACCCUCGAGGUCGACCCGGCGUCCAAGACCUUCGCCGAGCGCCUCGUGAAGGAGACGGGCAUCGACGAGCUCACGGCGCUCAUGUUCUGGAAGUCGUAUGCGCUGCACUCGCUCGAGGACGUCGACCCGCAGCCGGGACGGAGCGAGGAGGACGCCGUGUUCGAGCGCCUUCUCCUCUGGUAUGAGCAGCAGCUCCUCGCCGUGCCCCAGAUUAUCAUGGCGCUGUAUGCGCCCGCAGCCAACCCGAAGGGAUACGAGGAGGUCGCCGAGGACCUUAGGAAGGACAUUCUCGGAGACCAGUCGCAGUUCAUCGAGAAGACGUUCCGCGCGUUCUCGCAGCUCGCGCAGAAGCCGAUAGACCCGAGGAGUACGCGGCCAUUGUUCUGGGCCACCCUCCAACUACGACAACAGGAGUCGCUGCUCGAUCUUCUGUUCCUGACGCUGUACCAGUACACGACACGACCGGCCGCCGUCUCCGAGGCGCUGAUCAAGGGCGCCGUCCUGUCCAACUUUGGCACGGCGCAGGCCAACGCCGAGAUCUGGGACAACGACGCCGAGUGUCAGCGCCUGCUCUACCGGAUCCGUGACCUCAUGGUCAUCAUUGCGGUCGAGGCGAUGUGUCUCGCGCAGAUCGUCUCGCCCGAGAGCGACGAGGACGACAACCGCUUCGGUGCGACGCUGCUGCACUCUCGGGAUCGGAUUCAUGCCGUGCACCAGUUCCUGAUGGAGCAGUCGGAGGACCUAGAGGGAGAGCACGCCGACGACCUCGUCUUCCCCGCCUGGCCGAUGCCGGUGCUCUGUCUUGCCUGGAGCAUCGUCCUCCGCUCGCUCCCCGCCAACCUGCAGCCGCCAUCUGGUGACUACUUCCAGCUCGACACCGGAGAGAUGGGAGAUGACGGAGAACCGGACGUCUACAUCGCUGUCGCGAACCGCGCACUCCGUCUGUCGUCGGGUCUUUUCCCGUGGCUCGAGGUCAUUCUGCAGGGACCGUUAUUCGAGGGCGCGAAGGACGCAUUCUCUGGAGAUCUCGCCGUCGACAUGGCCGCUCUCCGACACUUACUUAUCGGACUCGCCGAGAUGGUCCACGUUGAUGCCAUCGUCGACCGAGGAGGACUUUACCGCGCAUGGGAGCUGUUGUUCGGUGGCGGCUCGCCGGAGACAUCGACGUCGCUGACGACGAACUACUGGAACGUCGACUUCGUGUAUGAUGACCGCCGGGCGAUUCUCGACCAGUCGCGCUUCCCGCGGGAUCCGAUGCACCUUCCCCAGCUGCUCGCUGCCCUCACCGGCGUCAGCUCGGACGAGGAGCUCGACCUCGCAGAGAUUGCGACCGACACCGUCCCCGAGGUGUACGAGUACCUGAACAACCUUCCGACUAUCACUAUCAUUGCUCCGGCAAAGUCCUUCACGGGCAUCGCUGUCGAGGACGGCAAGCUGGUCGUGGAGGCUGGCGUCGACUACGAGCUCCCGGGUGGCGCCGUGAUCCCGAGAAGAACACGAGGUGUCGUCAUCUCGAAUCAGAACGACGAGGACACAGUCGUCUCGUGGCGAUUCCAUCAGCCUUGUUUGUCGCUACUUGUCGAGAUUUUGCGGGUCGCUGCCGGUCUCCCGCCGCGAAAGCACACCGUGGAGGGCGCUCGCAAGCUGUCUCUCGUGGAUCUCGGAGUGCAAGGCCAGCUACCCAAGAUCCUUGCUGUUGGAUUGAAAUUGAUUCGCUGCGUGCUCCGAUCACCGCACAUUGCCCGCCGUGUCGUUGAGGAGUCUUCGACCUCCACCGAUGAGUUCCGCGGCAAGCCGUUACUCGACCUUGCUCUUGCAGUCGCCGCGUUCCGUGCGUCCGGCUUCUUCGACUCCCACACCCGCCGACAGGCUAGCGUCGCCACUCUUAUUCAGUCCGACGCCAAGCGUGGCCAUCAGGGCCUGACGAUCGCCGUGCUGCGUCUUGUCCGCAGCCUGGCCUCCGCCAACGCCGGCGACCCCCACGUCGUCCGUGCCGCCGUCAAGCUCGUCAUGUCCGAGAUCUGGUCCCAGUUCAGCGCUUGGCGAUACCGAGACGUGUCGAAGCGAUACGAGAUCGCUGCGAUCCUGCUUGCCAUCUUUGACGGUGUGCUGAGGCACCCCGUCGGUGCGGACGGCAAGUCGCCCACUCCUGCUGCGGCGUACCUCAUCGAGGCGUUCAUUACGGGUGCUUCGCCUCUGACUUACAAGCCCAUGGUCGACAUCUUCACCCAGUCCACUCAGCUCGGCACCAAGAUGAUUCAGUCGCGUCGCUGGACCGAGGCUGCCGCCAUUUUCGAGACGUACGACCACGCCGCGUCCCUGCUUGCCAAUCUCGUUCGCAUCGCUCCAUCGCUGCACAUCGCGGGUAGCGCGCUGCCCUACUCUGUCUUUGCGUCCACCGUUGUUCUCAAUGGCGGCGACAAGAUUCAGCUUGUCGAUCACCUGUUUGAUCUCAUCACCCAGCCGUUCCUCGGCAGCACCAGUGUACGCCUCACGCUCCGCCUCCUGCGCGUCUACCUCGAGACGACAGCGCAGGACGCCCAGCGCCCGUCCCUCUCUGGCAUGCUCCGCGACACGAAGAAGACGUGCACCGGGCUCGCCGAGCUUGCGUUCAACUCUGCCAUCGGCGACGUCAAGCCUGAGGCAUGGUCUCUCCUCAGCGUCAUCCUUGCGACGCAGCCCGGAUGCGCCAGCUUCUGCGUCGGCCAGCCGAAGGACGGCAAGGUCGAGGGGCCCCUAAAGAUGGCGGUGGAGGAAGUACUUAACUGGAAGCAGCUUUUGCGUGAGGGCCCGCGGGCUCUCGCCGCUGUGCUUGGCUACUGCCAGUCUGCCUCCCAGUCUCCCAGCGGUACCAAGGGUGUCUCCGCGCUCCGUGGCAACGGCGACUUCUGGCAGGCCGUCCACGACGUCGCUGUCAAGAACAUUCCCCGCCCAUCUAGUCUAUCUGAGACCCUCGUCGAGGAUGUCGCCGACUACUCGUACUCCGUGCAGGCCAAGGCGAACGCCACGGCGCUUCUCGCCACCGAACUCGCGCUCAUCAUCGAGGAGGACAGCGUCGAGACCAAGGCGCAGUCGCUUACGCUCUCGCUGUUCCGCAAUCCCGAGGCGCUGCAGGACGUCGCCGUCGCUGCUAUCCGCACCUCGUGCGACCCCGCGCUGCAUGCCGGCGAGGCUGCUGCCCUCGAGUCGAACGGCAUCGAGGUCAUCUGCCUGCGCACGAUUCAGCUGCCCAAUGAGCGCAUUUACGGUGCCAGCUACCUGUACGACGGCAUCCCCGAAAUCUACGACGAUCCCGAGCGCCACACCGCCGUCGCGCAGAGCCUGGCAUUCCUGAACCUGAACUGGUCGCAGCUCGACGCCGACAUUGGCCUGACCAAGGCAUUCCGCCUUCUCACCGACGUCGCGCUCACUUGGACCGAGGGCGACAGCCUCGCUGCCAAAGCCACGCUGCGCGCCGCCAUCGCAGUCGCGAACGAGAUCGCCAACGAGGACCAGGGCGGCGACGUCAUGCUUGCCAUCCAGACUGAGCGACUGAACGUCCUCGCAGCGCUGCUCGACACUGCCCUCGACCCCGAGAUGGACGCACCGACAAACGCGGCGGCUAAGGACCUCGCUGAGGGCGUGCGCAAGAUUGUCGAGAGCCAGCUCUUCCCGCCGCUCAUCUCUCUGCGCCACCCCGAGCUGCCCGCCAUCCACCGCCCCGUGCUGCGCAUCCUCUGCCUCCUGUGCCAGGCCAAGGUCGCCAAUGCCGCCGACGAGGUGCGCGCUGUGUUGUUCGACUCUGGGGCCCGCGUUGCGCUCGACGCAGCGGACAUUGUGCUCGACUACAUCAUGCGCGACGCACAGCCGAGUGCGGGCGAGGACCUCGCGCUCAUCGUCAACUUCCUCUGCGAGCUGAGCCGCAUCGAAGACAACGUCCACAUCUGGAUCGACUACCUGCAGUAUGUGAACCUGAUUCCGCGUAGCUUGCAGGUGCUUGUCGCCGCGACGAGCGUCAAUGUGACGUUACCGGCACACUUCCACACGAUCCUGCUCCUGCACCUCGCCAUCGCCGCCAACCCCGCCACAGCUGAGAAGCUGGUUGUCAACGGCGUCAUGCCGGCAUACAGCGACAACAUUGUCGCCGUCGCCGCCGAGCAGGGCAACAUCCAGCCGGAUGCGAGCGAGGGCUCCCUCCACCGCGCGUGGUGCGGCAUGCUCCUCGUCGUGACGGCGCUGCUCACCUCUCUCCAAAAGGUUGCCUCCUUUGCCCGCGCCGACGUGCAUCCCUGGGUGCGCCUUGUGCUUCCCCAGCUCCUGAACGCACUGGACUGGGACGGCGAGUCGAUCCUCUCGACGCCUGCGCUCGAGGAGCUCGUCCUCGCCGCAGACAUCUUCUACGGCAUGUCCUGCGCCGCGGCGGAAGUAACCGCAGCGCAAAGCAACCCCGGCGCCGAGCUGCUGCGCACGAUCGCGCCAAGCGACAUCGCGCUGAUCAAGGGCAUCAACGAAGCGCUCUCGCACCCGCACCGCUUCAUCGCGCUCAUCGUGCCAAGCGACGACGAGGAGCGCGUCGCGCUCGAGCUCGAGGCGGGCAAGUUAGAGAAUGUGGCGAACAUUGAUCUGCUCAGUCCCACGACGCCCGUGAUCGCGAGUCGGACGGCGGAACUCGUCGCCGCCGCGCGCGCGACGCUGCUCACACUCGUCAACCUGACCCGGGCAUGGGAGCUGCUCGAGGGCGCGGACCCGCGCCCGGACCAGCUGAUUCCCUUCGACGACGAACACCUCGUCUCGGCGGCCGACGACCCGCUCGGCGCCAUCACGACGCUCCUGGGCUACUUGCUCCAGCUCAAGUCCCCAGCAGCAGAGCAAGCGGCGGAAGCGGCCGCUCUGCUGGCCCUGACGCAGCUGGCGGCCAGGGGCGUGCUCGCCCCCGUUGAUGAGAACUCGGGCUCUAGGGCGGGGACGGUGAGGGAACAGCUUGCGGCUGACCUUGUGGCUAGUCUUAAGGGAAGGAGUGAGGGGACACUCAGGGCGCUGGGAGGCAUUGCGGAGAGGGAGUUUGAGAAGGCCGAGGAGUAG